CCUCUCCGUUUCCGUACCUUACGAAAGCGAAGGUUAGAUAGCUUGCGCGCUGAUUUCGCAUGCUGACUUGCUGACAUUGAGGACAACAACGAUCACCUGUGCUUGUUAUCAUUUUCUUCAUAAAAGGAUCCUCAUCAUGGUGACUGGAAAACGGCUGGCUGACAUCAGCUAUCGGGCCUUUUCCGCCUCGAUGAUGCUGCUGACAGUCUAUGGAGGCUACCUGUGUUCGAUGCGAGCAUACCGCUACAUGCAGAGGCAAAAACAGCUGAAACUGGCAGCAGAAAACCAGGAUUCUGAAGUCCUCAAGGACUGAGGUCAGAAGGACUGCUCUUCUUUUUGCACAGAUGUGGACAUUUUCCAUUCCCCCCCCCUUUUUUUUGGCCUCGCUAAAUCAUCAAGAUGUUAAUUCUUCUGAGGAUGUUUGUGUGAUUUCACUGAGGAUGUUUCCCUUUCAAGGAAGAAGUUUUGUUUCUAAAAACAUCACCAAGCAAAUUAACCAAGAACAUGUUACUGGCAUCAAUGGCCUGUGUAAAAUCCAUGUUCUGAGUGACAAUGGUUGAGAAGUGAAGAUGGCUGUAAUUGUUUGUACUAUGUUAAAUUAAAUGCCUUUAACCACAUAGUGCAAUGUAGCAUUCAUAAGCAGGACUGCAACAAGAAAGACAUAUUUCAACGACAGAAUAUAUUUGGAAAUACAUUUUUGCAAGGCACUCAAGUGAGAACUUGAUACCAGACAUUUAGUAUAGUCCUUAUACCUGGAUUCCUCUAUAGGCAGUGACGUCAAACUAUUUCAUACACAUUUGGUCUCAGAAGUAGUAAAAAAAAAAAAAACAGUAAAACAAAUAAACAUGACAAAUAAUGUGGUUAAAAGCUAAAUCCACAAUAAAUUGCAAAGGACAGAAACUGCUGCUAUUACAACUUUAAAGUGUUGUACUUCUGGUUGCACACACACACACACACACAGACAGCAGGUGCUCUUUUAAGAGCUAAUAAAACCACAGGUAUAACAACACAGUUAUAUAUAUAUAUAUAUAUAUAUAUAUAUAUAUAUAUAUAUAUAUAAUACCUGCUGUGACAUCACUGUUUGAAAUACAACAAACCUCAAAGUCUGAAGCCCUAGAGCAGUGCAGCAGCAGUUUUCUGCCCUCUGUGAUCCAGUGUGAAUUAAUCCUUAAAACAAAAAUAAUCAAGUUCUUCUGACCAAUAAAACUGGGAGAGAACAUUGAAACCAACCAACAUCUGGCAGCAAAUAAAUCCCAUCAUUUGGAAAAAAAAAAAAAAAAAGGCUACGCAAAUCA